AUGGAUGAUAAAUCAAAUUCACAAAAAAAAGAACCUAUUGAAUAUAUUGAGAAAAAAAUGAAACUUAAAUAUAGUUAUUCAAAUUAUCAUUCAUCUGAAAAUAAUGCAGUUUGGAUGACAGAUAAAAUUGAUGAACUUGAUGUUGAUUUCAAUAGAGAAAUAAAUACUGCAUAUACUAUUUUUAGAAAAAGUAACCAAUUAAAAAGUAAUAAAGAUUUAGAAAAACUUGCAACAACAAUGAAUAGUGUAUUUUUUGGUCCUCCUGCUGAAUAUCUUCGACCAUAUUAA